GUUUGUGUUUUGCGUUGCGUAGAACUAGUAUUCCUGCUCUACUCGUCAAUAUCAUAUUUUCCUGUUGCAAUGUGUUAUAAAUAUACAUUUCAGCAGGAACAUUAGAUGUUUUCAGUGUACCACCACAUAUUUCUCGCAGCAAUUGUGUAUUAACAGUGGAAUUCCUGCAACCGGCAAAAUGCAUAAUAAUUAUAUGGAACAGUUCCAUAAUUUAGGCGGGAAAACGUUGGGAGAGCAUCAGCGUAAUUUCCGUAAAUAUUGUGUAACCGUUUCCGGUUUACCGAAAGCUGAGAUUGACGCUUUGCUAGAGGCUAUUAAUCCGAAGAAUCACCAGGAAGAGAUAUUCUACACGAAGCUAUUGCUUCAGUUUCAUAAGUACGAGAAAAUUCUGCAUGUUUUUACGAAUUGCAACAAGAUUUUGAAUCGGAUCAUCGUGAAGGAUAGAAAGUUUAUUGGAUUUAUUGCUUCGAUUGGAGCGACUGCAUUUGUCGAUGAACUUUGUCCGAAGAUAUCGUACGUUGAUAGAAGUAUAGUAAUUAAUAAAUUGGGUUUGUUUUUGGAGAACGGCGAUGAUUUCUUUGAUGCGGUUAAAGAGAGGUAUGGAUUGGCCGCUGCAAUCAGAUUACUUCCGACGUGCAAAGAAGAACUUAUCAAGCAGCAUAUUUCCGAUUAUAACAUUGAUUUCAGCGACCGCGAGCUGAUCAGGUUGCAUAAGAAGUAUCCGAACUUUUUGAAGUAUUAUUUCGAAGUAGAUGAAAACAAGCAACUAAACCCUAAAGUUAUGCUUGUGAAGUAUUUAGUUAAUAACAAUAUGGAUACAUGGAUGACUCUUACUUCAGAUUUUGAAUACCAUAGUUUAGGUAGAAAGGGAUUCCUCAAGCUCUUGCGACACGACAAGAAGUUUGUUAUUGAACAUCCCAACAAUUUUAGAAAGCACAUAAGUUGUAUUUAUCGACAUUUGAAUGAAGCAGAUUAUAAGGAAUACCUGAAGAAUUUAUUUCCAAAAGAUAUCGAGGAGCUGUAUUGGCUGAGUGAAAUUUUGGACAGCUUCAAAUUGUUACCAAUCGAUAAACGGUGCCAACUAUUCUGCGAUAUUUACAAGGAGCUUUACGACGUCGAAUACACGACUUUCGAUUCCAGUUUGAUGGAGAUUAUCAGUGCCGAGGAUCGUCUGAAGUUUGAUUUAAAAGAAAAUUGGGAGUUUUAUCCGGUGCAGGAGGCUUUCGAGCAGAUAAAAUAUAGGAUUGAUUUGUCGCACGAAAUCAAUGCGAAAAAUUCGUUGCUGUACACGUUAGUUAGAACGUGUAAAAUUAAUAAAGAUGACGAUGCUCUGCUGGAAGUUUUGAAAUACUUCUGCUCCAAGCACAAAAACGACUCUAUCGAAGUUAGGAAAGAUUUUUUAAGAAAUUUGACCAGUAACAAUGAUUUGCUCAAACUAAGCGAAGAACAUUGGAAGUAUAUAAAUGAGAUAUUAUUGAUUUUUGAUGUAAAUGGGAGCUCGUAUUUCGAUAAUGCGACUUUCUUAAAGUCGCAGAUACUUAUCAAGGCGAAGAAUGGUGAAAACUGUGAUGAGGAAUUGGUGAAGUUGUUGAAGGACAUUGGCGUGAAUGGACAUUGGAGAUUGCUGAGAAACUAUCCAGUCGAAGAGCGAAAAUGUUUAUUGAGAUAUCCUAGACUUUGGCACAAUACGAACUUUGAGCAGGAUGAUUCAGCUUCUGUAAAGUUUUUGGAAACGAUAAUAGAAUUUAACAAAAACUAUCCAAAUCAUAAAAUUUCCUAUUACGCUUUUCCAAAAAUACUCAACAUUUUCUUCGACAAAGUUGAGAAAUCUAAUGACAAGAAGAAACACACGCAUCUUAUAAAUAUAAUUUUGUUCUUCAUCCCCAAAGAACGUGAAGAAGUAGAGUUGCGUGAACGAUUGCUGAAGGAUUUCAUUAGCAACAGUAAAAAUUUCAUAACCGAAACUCUGUACGUGUGGGUAUUGAAAUAUCGUCCUGAAUGGAUAUGUGUGGAAGCCCUUAACAUAUUAACGAAAGCAAAGAAGUUACCGAAAUUCUAUUACGAGAUUUCCAAGAUGCACUAUAACGGAGUAUCUGAUGCCUUCAAGGAUGCUGCCAUGAAGAUUAUAGACGAUCCAAAUAAAAUUGAAAUGGUUCCGAAAUUGAUAUUGAGUUUAUCAUAUUACCCUAAUUACUUGGAUUUGAUUCAAAAGUACGCACCUGAUUCAGAUUGUAAAAUUGAUUUAUAUUCCUCCGAUAUCAAAAUCAUGUUGAGCAUACAGAAAACCAUACUGAAGUCACUGAAAAAUACGUUCAAACAAUCCGAAAAUAUUCCAACAAUCUUGCAUUAUUCGAACGGAGAUUACUUGCAGUACACUUUGGAACCGAUGUAUAGAACACUUUAUCAUUCACCCCAGAAUCUUUUGGAAGAAACGCUGAAAAUUAUUUCAACUAGAUCGGUUUCCGUUAGAAAACAUUACAUUUACUUAAGCACAGUUUUGCUCCCAAUGUGCAAGAUCGAGGAGUGCCUGAAAGAAUGCGGUUCAAAGGAAAAGAACACUUCUGUAAAGAAAUUCUUGUUCAAGUGUAAUUAUUCGUGUUUCGUCAAUAAUCCCACGUUGGAGCUGUUCGAGUUAUUCAAGACUCAUUUGGCACACGUCGAUAAAAAGGACGAGGAGAGCACGAAAAUGAUUUAUAAAAAAAAUGAUAUUCCGAAGAAGUACUUUGUCGAGUACGUUUCGUUGAUGUGGAACUACUCGAAAACUUUAACGGAUAAUGAAAAAAUGAAAAUUCCCCAUUAUUUUACCAAAGACAAUAUCGUCUUGUUUUCGGAUGAUUUCUGUAGCGAGAUUAUCGAAGAGGGUCUACUUAAUCCCAACCUUGAUUGGUCUUAUGUAAUGCCCUCGUUCGUUUACAAAUACAUCAUAAGUAAACCAAAUGCUGCUCAGAUCGUAAUAGAAAAGUUUGCCAGGAGCAUAGAUAAUGUCGAUAAAUCUGUGAGUCAUUCUAUAUUUCAACAAAUUUUAGAGGAUUUGUUGAGUGAGAAAGACAAAGAAAAAGCUGCUGUCUCUUCCCAAAAGUUUCUGGAUGCGUUUAAAAGCAGCUCCUUGAACAACUUUGAAUUCGAAGUUCUACUAAAAUUAACGACUCACUACCUCCAAAAUGAUUACAAAACGCUACCUCACUUCAUCGUUGAGCAACAGAAGAAAAUCAUAGAUACAUAUGGUCCGGAGAUUUGUAUUUACUACUCACAAAUCACCCAUAACGUUUUUAACUCAAUUCACAACUUGAUGGAGGCCAAUAUAGACGAUUUAAAUUAUGACCUUAUGAAUCGUUUGCUGGAAGAAUCGUCUUCAACGCACGUAAAGUUGCUGGUCUCCAUGAUGUUACCACCACCCAGUAAAAAUGUGUUACACAAGAAACACCACGAGGCUAUUAAAAAGGAACUACUAAAAGAUUCAAAUCCACUUGUAAAAAUUUUCUUGGACUAUAGGACAUCGAGGUUCCGUUAAUGAACUUGUUAUUAUUUAAUAUAUAUAUUUUUAUAAAUAGAUUAUAAAUAAAAUAUUUG